CCCGGAGGCCUACCUGGUAGCCUUUGAACGGUUGGCUACCACUGCAGCAUGGCCCCGGGAGUACUGGGCGAGCCAACUUGGUCCCUGCUUGAUCGGGGAAGCACAAGCAGCGUACCGGGCCAUGACUGACGACGAUGCCGCCCAGUAUGACCUGGUUAAGCAGGCUAUCCUCCGCCGUCUCAAUAUCACGGGGGAGACUCAUCGGGUCAGAUUCCGGGAGUUCCAGCGACCCCCCAACACCCGGCCCAGGGUGGUAGCCCAGCAAUUAUGCGACCACAUGGCGCAAUGGCUGAACCCCAGUCAGAAAACCGGGAUUCAGAUGGGGGAGGCCAUUGUGAUGGAACAAUUCUGCCAUGUGGUCGGGGCUGAGACGCAGGCGUGGGUACGCCGGCAUAACCCCACGACGCUGGAGCAGGCCGUGGCGUUAGCCGAAAACUUCGAGGACUCCCUGGUGUCCGCCCGAACCACCCUGCUGGACUGCCCCCCUCCCUCCGCUGCCAAAGGACCGCCGUCGAACCCUUUUCCCGGACCCAGGGCCGUCAGAUCACCGGCCCCGUCGGGCCACCCGGCCCCCUUACCAUGGAGGCAGAGGUUGGCCCCCAGCUGGGGUAGAAUGGUUCCCCCUGCCCCGCUGUCAUACCAGCAGCGGGACAAAUAUGUACCGCCCUUGCCCUCUGCCCCACCCGUCUGUUUUAGGUGCCAGCAGCCGGGACACAUUGCCAGAUACUGCCCGGCGGCCAUGGAGUGCGACGUGGCUGCGUGUCACCUGGCGUCUGAGACAGAUCUCCCUUCCGACCGGUGAGGGCACUGGGGAGGAGGAGCAGGCAGAGCCGCGGUGCGCAACGUCACAGACCCGGUCGGGAAGCGCAGUGGCAAUCACGCAUUGGCUGACGGCGGUUGCCCUCGCUGACCAAUGGGGACGGGACGGGGCGUACAAAAGGGGGCGUGGCCCGGGGUUCUGUUCCUUCUGGCAAGGUACAGUGUGUGAGAGAGAGAGAGAGAGAGAAAGAAAGAAACUAGCAGAGAAGCAGGGGAAGGGAAUUGGAAGACGGGUCGUUUUGCGAUUGUGCAUUUACUGGCUAACCCUUCUACUGCUUGUAUUUUUUAGAGCACUAACGGGACGCUCCGGGAUCACGCCGGAGGAGUGACAACCCGGAAGUGCUGGGUUUAUUACCCCCGUGUUUUUCCCGUUCCCGGAUUACAAAACGGAAGACGGACUGCUUUUGUUGUUUGUUUAUUUUGGGACUGCAACCCCGUUUCCCUUUAUUUUGUCGGGUUACACAUUGUUGUGUACCCCGGCUUCCUUAUUGUUUAUUUUCCCUAUUGUUUUGAGUGCGGUUUGGUAUUUUUAGUUGAAAAGAAAUAAAACCAAGGCGCUUAAUUGAAUAGAGGACUGGAGUCUAUUAUU